AUAAUAACAUAAUGUAAAUGUUGGCAUAUGGUCCAGUUUAUUUUAUGGUGUCAAAUGUACAUUAAUUAUUGUAUAUGUUUUUUAGUUAUUUAGUUAAUAAAUUGCAAACACCCUAAGAACUCAAACAGAAGACUACAUUUGAAAAUAUUCCCCACAUUUCUUCCUUUUGUCUCCUUUCCUUCAUCUUGCCUUUUUUUCCUUCUUUGUAUCCAACUCUUUUCCAAACCCUUCCAUGUCAUCUCCUCACAGUUACUGCGCUAACUGGCAGCCACAGAGAAUAUGUGGCCAGUAACACAUCCUCAGUGUAGUCCUACGUUAGUGAUAUCGCUUGUCUUUUUAAUGGCCAAACGUUACUCCCAUAACCACACUGUCUCUGUCUCAGGAAAUAGGGAUCUUGCACACAACACUUGAACUUUUGACCUGGAGAAAUGCUGCUCUGCACAAUUUUAAGUUUUCAGUAGAACAUCUUCCACGCUGUCCCGUAUGCAUGGAGUGCCCUCCCUGAACUGAUUCAUAAGGCCACUACCCUCUCCUUGAAAUCUCUCCUAAAGACCCGCUUCCCCGAUGAGCCCUAUUAAGGAAUCAUCUCAGUAACGAUGGCUAGGUAGAGGGGCAGGUAGAAAUAGCGGUGCUAUUUUAAUAGGUUUUAUAAAUGUAAACGUAUAUAUAUGUAUACAAAGUUUGUUUGUGUUUAGCUGUAUUUUUCCAUGCUCCUGUAUGUCAUUUUGCUUUCUUAGAUUGUAAGCUCUCCUGAGCAGGGACUGUGUCAUUUACACGUUUUCAUGGCGUCUAGCCCAAGGAAGAGUCUCAAACCUCCCUGAGCCCCUGGGUGAUAGCUGGUAAAAUAGUCUGUGUCCUGCUCUUCGACAAAGUUCAGCGUCACGGAAAGGAAAGCUAGGCUGUAGGCAGUGUCUUCUCUCAACAGGGAAGCUUUUGCUUUUUAACAUUAAACAGAACAAAAUUGGGUUAUUUUCCACCCUUUAUUUUUCUGCUCUUUUCUGACCUCCUUUCCAGUCGCUAGCAGAGGUUCUAGCUAGUGAUAUUUUCCUUUCUCCAUUCAGAGAAUAUGACAGAAUAAACCCCAUUGCUACUGGUAUUUUUCUGAAAAAUAUGUUUUGGCAGCAUAUAAAAAAAUCUUCACGUUGUUAUUGUAGAGUCUUCUGUCAACCAAAAAUUUCAGUUUUCCGGGUCAUAGGCGAGGGAGGCAUUAAGAUGAAUAUAAUGGCUUUUGUGGUUCUGUUUGACUGGUUUUGCUGGUUGUCUUUUGAGAGGGGUUCUGGUUCAUUGGGAGGAUAGGAGAAGGGAAGGACAUAGGCUGUAUUUUUUAUAUUCAGGGGAGAAGGCAUGAUGUUUGUGUCUAAAGACAUAGGUAAUAAAAUCUUUAGGUUCACAGUAGUACAGUAUGGGCAGUAUUAUCAUUUUACUGCAGUUACAUAGCAGGAAUUACUAAAAUGUAAACUGUACUUCAUCUGUGCCACUGACUUUCUGCUUACAGUAGUUGCCUGACUCAGAGAGAUAGCGUCCAACUUCUAAACGUAUGUUUGGAGAGGAUGUGUUUUCAAUAGUGAAACUACUUUCUGGAUUUUGUGGGAUAUCGGGGAAGGGGAAGAGGUGUUCUUUUUUCUUUUGCGACUUGUAGGUUUCCAAGAAUCACUGAAUAAGUAAGCAAGCUAUGGCAACGUGUAAACUAACAGUUAGUUGUAGCAGCAAUUUUUUGGAGGCAGUACUUAAAAUAUAAUUCCAGGUAAUGUGUAGCUAGCCCAUUAAUACUGAAGAAUAACCAAAAUAUUCAUGCAGCAGGUUAAAACGAAGAUUUGAAAAUACUCUAAAAAUAAAACAUUAAAAGAAAAAUUUUUGGUCAUAAUUUUUAUCAUCACUACAGAAAAUAGGUAUCAUUAGAGUUUCAAAAUUAAUAUUUGAAAAUAAUCAGUUUAACUCUGUUCAUAAACAGUUUAUGUGGCUCAUGAAAAGCUUGUUUUUAAAGGGUUUUUUCCUUCAGUUUUUGUUUUGACUUGUUUAUCAAUACCUUCUUGUGGAUGGAGAAUUUUAAAAUUACAUGAUAUUUAAGGAACACAUCCAUAAACUAAGAUCUGUAAAUUUCUAGAUACAUGAAUUAAAAAUUGCGUGCUCCUAAGCUUUUUUUACUGCCAGGAAAUGGGUUUGAUUUAGUGAGUCAUUUGGGAUUUUCAGUGAAAGCUAAAGUGGAUAGUGUUUAAUUUUAAAAACCUAAUAUAAAAAUCCUCUAAGAGCAAGUAUAAAAUUAAGAACAGAGCAGGCUAAAUUUUCAUAGUGAGAUGGGAAUGACAAGAUAAACAAUUCUUCUGCAUUAGUAAAUAUUACUUUGACAGUGUCACGCAAGCGUCAGUUGUGAGCUAGGGGUGGUGGUUUGUUUGUUCUUAGGUUUGAUAUGGUAAUCAAUCUAAAAUGAUCCCUCUGUAUGUGUUGAUACUGGUCUUUGGGUUUUGAUGUGGGCUACAGUGCCAAAUACAAAUGUAGGAUUUUCCUCCUUUGAACAGUUUAGAUGCUAGUACCACCUCUCAGAUCAGAAUAACUGUGAUAUCAUCAACCCAGAAUAUUGUUAUCUGGCAUCAAGCCUUAGUGGCAUUUGAACAGAAAAAUAUCAGUUGAUGGCAUUCAAAAGAAAUAUUAUUAGCUCUGUCUGCAAUAAGCAUUCACACUUCAUCCCAUUCCUGUUGUCCAUUGUUUCAAAGGUGGCACAUUCUAAUGGCAUCUGAAACAAUGAAAUUGCAGAGCAAAUACAUAUAAAUGAAUGCCAAACAGCGGCUUAGCUUACAGUGUUAUGUUGUGUUUGAAGAAACCACUCACAAAGACGUCCGGGUUCAAAACGCAUUUUUUUAUUUCACUGUGGUGGAGUUGAUGAUGGAGAUUUGUCUGCAGGAAACAAUGGAAAUACCAUCAAGGCAACUUUUACAGCACUCACAACGUCGACUCCUUUGAUAGUUUCCAGCAUCAGCAGUGCUUCUGUGUAGGAAGAAGGUUUUCUGAUCUUCACCAGACACCGUAUUUUCGAAGAUGAGAGCAAAAGGCAUCAGGCUUAAUGAAGAAUUCUUGAAGGGUAUCCUUGUAAGUAAUUGAUUUGCAUUACAUAUUUGGAAUUCUAAUGAGAUAGCAAUAUAAUAAUAAGAAAAAGGUUGUCAUCAGGUUGUAAUUUUUCACAAGCAUAAAGCAGUGACUCUGGGUCGAAUUUGUGAAGUAUAUGUGUGAAAAAACAUGGGCCGCAUUUUUUGUUGAUGUAGCAAGGUUACAGGUUUUAUGACUUGUAGUCUAACUGGUGGGGAGGCUGCAGCAGUGUAAGAAGGUAUAGGAUUAGGACCAUGCCUAUGACAUGCGUGCUUUUAAAACACUUUGUAAGAGAAAAGCAUUGAAAAUCAGCAUGUGUCACGGAGAACAAUGCUAACCCUAUGUUUUCCACUGAAAAAAAUUCGGCACCUAGCUGGCAAUGCGCUGAUUAGCAACUUUUGGCACAGAAUCUUGAAGUAACAGGUAACUCUGAGUACUGAACACUUCUUCAAACCAGGGUUUAUGUUGCAUGAGGUGGGCAGCUUUAACUAACGAUUUGAAAACACUGGAAGUCCUGAGCAGAGGUCAGUUGAGUCUCUGUGGGGGUGUUCUCCUCAUUUACGCUAGUAUUAUUUUGAAUUUAUCAGCUUACUCUUGCGUAUGUAGGGCCCUUUCAUGAUACUUGUUUUUCUUUACUACAGGGCAGUAAUUGAAAAGGUUUUCAAAACCUUUCUGCAUCAGCUCAACAAGACAAUGGUAUAAAAGAAGUUGGAAAAGGAAUUGUAAGUGUUAAAGAAAACGUGGGGUUUGUAGCGUUUGGAAACAGACGAAUUAAAUACAUUGGCUUAUGUGAGUGUCGCUUGCUGUACUCAGAUAUUAUUAAUUGAAUAUCUAACCACAUAUUCAAAAUCACGACUGCUUGAGGAACAGUAAAAAUUGCAUGUGUUUCCCAACAUGGUACAGUUAGGACAGUGGAAAACUUUUUCAACACUUUUAAUGUGUUCUCUCUCUUUUUCAGGAGCCAGGGAGAUGAAGGACUUAUCUCCCUCAUCUCAAAACUCCCUUUGCUGCUAUUUCUCUUUUUUUUUUCUUCAAAUGUUCAUACACCCAUGUUAAUUAAUUUCUAAUAUAAUUAAAAAUAAAUGGUUUUAGAUAAUUCAUCAUAGUUUGUUUGGUUUUUCCCCUCGGUGUGGAAGCGUGAGAGUAAGUGUAAGAACAGAGAAGGCUGCAAGUGUCUUAGGUCCUCCACCUUUCUUUUUGGUUUCUUUCGGUUGAUUGUCUUUCUUUUGUGACUAGGCCAAAUUUUCAAAUGCUGUCUCUUAAACAGAACAUCAAAUUGCCACUUAAAUUCCACCUGGCUUGCAGGGUAGGAGUGGGUAUUGACUAUAUUCUCUGCUUUGUUUUUGUUCUUAAACAGAAACCACUGUUAGACAAUGACCAUUCCUCUUUCAAGGUAGGCUGAAUUGUAAGGCUUCAGGAUUGCAGGUGUAUUUUCAAUGCCUGUAUAAUUUUUUCAUUAAUUGAGCAUACUGUUAAAGAGCUGGUACUUGAAAAUUUUAACUAUAGAAAGAAUUUGAACAUAUCAGUUUUUCUGCCUUCCUUAAAAUUACUCUUGAUGGUGUGAUUAUAAUAUGUAAAUGUGACUUAUAUGUACUAAUGUGAAGAUAUUUUCAGCCCUAGAAACACAAAUAAGACUUUCUUUCAAGAAAGUUUUGAUAGUUCUUUAUUGUGAAUACAUACAAAUCAUUUUCAUAAAUCAUGUAAUGGUAUUUAUAGAUACUCAAUGCUUAAUGAUUAAUUUUAGUCACUAAACAGUUUUUAUGUUUUACUGAUUUAUUUUACGUAAUUUUCACUUUUUUGGAUUUUAGUGUACCUCGUAGAGUUUACAGUAUCCCAGAGAACAUACAAGUAUUUUUUUACUCAAUUUCAUAGAAGGAAAGUGUUGCAAAUGGCUUAUGUUUUUGACUGUGUUGCAAAGCACUUUUGUUAUUUCCUCAUUAUGCUAACUGCUAAAGUAAUAUUCUCUGCCUAUUGUUUGCAGUAUGGUAAAUAUGUGAUUUUGGCAUUGUGAUUUAAGCGCAAUCCUGCAAAUUGUUCAUUUGGGGUGGGGCUGGAAGAAGUUAAUUCCAGAUUAAAAUGUGCUCGUGGUGGCAGAUUUAUGAGGAUUAGCCUAAUUGUCUAAAUGAAAACUCAAAUCAUUGCAUUUCUGUAUAUUUUUUAACUAUACAUUUACCUGACAUAACCGUAGGCUGAACUUGUUUCUUUCCUCUAAAUAUGAUCAUAAACAGCAAAUUUGGAUUUAAAUCUUAACCUUCAAUAUUCUUACUCUGAAACAAUGCUUUAGCUAAGGUUAGUCUGUAAAUUCUUAGCAGUAUGUUGAAGGCCUAGUUAUACUUUACCUACUUUUGGUCUUUGACAAAUUUCUAUACAUUUAUUCCUAUUUGAAUAGCUAAAAAAAAAGACAUUAGUUUUCAGUGGACAUAGCUAAUGUAACGGAGAUCCAUUUUUAACCAUCUGCAAAUAGGAGUCACCUGUUUUUCCCCGGAGGCACUAGAGGUCUAUUCAUCAAGUACAAUUGCUUCUAUGACAAGCAACAUUAUCAUAUGAACUUCUAUAGUCUGAUCAAGCUUUCUUUUGAAAUCAGUAGGUUCUCAUCUUUCUGCUACCACCCUAUUAGCAUCGGAAAGGUGUUGUAGAAUUGUGUUCAUCUGCUUCUUUGAAAGCAUUGUCUAGAUUCCCGUGCGUACUGUUUGCCCAAAUUGUCCUUUACAUUGUUCCCCCCACCCACAGACAUUCACCCUGAAGUUUUACCAAGUUACUUCCCAGCUCUUCUUUUACAAACUAAGCAGGGCAAGGUCUUUUGCAUAUAUAUGGGAAGUGACAAAAAUCUAAAAGGAAUACAAUGUAAUUAAGUGCACCUAGUUGAUUUAGAUGCUUUUUUUUUUUUUUUCAGACAUGCAAACUUAUAAUUAUAGGCAUAAUCACUCCUGGCCCUUAUGCUAAAACCAAGCUACAUAUAGUUAAAAGUAAAAGGAAUUUAAAAAAUUAAUCCGUAAGAUAAAAGCAACACCACAGCCAUAUUUUUAUCUAGUUUAAACCAAUCUCUGUGCAUUUUUAAUAAGCACACAUAAAGACUACCCCUUUAGUUUUAGUACUGCUUAGGUAACUGAUUUUUGCAGUUUACUGAGAAGGAAACAAAUUUUAUCGGCUAAUGAAAGAAAUUGAACUAAACUUGCAAACUCAUAUUUAGGGAAGGCGAUGGAACAAAAUAUGUGCAUAUGCAGUACCUGACAUUAAGGGCUCUGUGCCUAGACCUGUUGACACCAAGGAAGAAUGAAUGUCCUGUGUUCCCAUCACUUUUCAAAAGGAAAAAUACAUGUGCCAAAUAUUUGACUGUGGUUGGCUGCAGAUGCUAGAAAAGGUGGGUGAUACUACAGCAUAUAGGUGCAAUUGGCAUUGUAUGAAGUUUUGCAUAACUGAUUGCGCCUGGUACAGUUUCUGUCUGUAUCUAUCUUAGGUAUUUACAAGGCAUCUGUCACCUUGGUACCUAAGCAGUUUGAAAAAUGCACCCACCCCAGGAGGCAUGAUGCAGAUACAGGCAGAGGCCCAGGUCCAGAGCAGCAGAGGCAGGUCCCAGGAAGCUCCCCAACUGUGUUACCGCUGUUGUUGAGCUCCUGGCCCACUUGGUGUGGCCAAGGAACAUCUCCACCUACCUGUCAGCAGGAAGACGGUACCCCACCCCUCACGUCCAGCUCCACUGGUGGGGAAUCUGAAAAGGAAAGAUAAUGGAAAAGGCAACGAUCCAGUAGCAGAGGUGAAACAGAAAUGGUGGGAUUUCAAAAGGAGGGAUUCUUAAAGAGCAGCACAUCUCAGGGGAGGGAUCAACUGCCAGUCCAAGUGGCAGAUGUCACUGGGGAACAAGAUGGGGAGGUUCCUGGAUCCUCGGGGCAAGCCGGCCGUCACCGAGGGAGCUCGCCGUCCACGCCGGCCGAAGAACAGGAAUCCUCGGUGCCUGCCUCUGACGAAGACUCGCCGGCCAGGACCACAGAGAGCUGGCAGUGGCCGUUGUCCUCGUCUGAAACGCACAGCAACGUUGGGGAGGAUUUUGAGGGAUUUCAAACGCCAGCGCGGACUCCGGAGUGUACUAUGGACAUACAGUCUCCCGGGGAUCAGUCACUCAGUAGGACUCCUCAGUUUGAAAGUGACUCUCCUGAGGAGGAGGAGGGAAAUGAUGAAAUGAAUGAAGAGCGCUGCGGUGUUGAGCCUGUCCCUAGGGAUCGGGGUUGGAGAGGGCAGCCCCAGCUAACAGAGGGAGAGAAGCUGUUGAUGGAAACCAACAGUAGGAUUGUGCAGCUGCUGGAAAAUAUCAAGAGGGAGCAUGCACAGUCCAUGGGUCUCAUGUCACAGUCCAUGGGCCGUAUGGAGCUGCAGCUGGGCAUUGUGGCUACCUCCACAAGAGCCAUCCAUAACUACCUGUCAGAGAUUUUAGCUUUCCUCAAGCAGCCAAGGACGCAGGUCCUUGAAACGCGCAUCUCCCAAAGAGCCACCCCCCAUGUCGAGUUAACUUGUGCCUCGACAUGGACCGGUGAGGACGCAGUGGCAUCCUCCACUGUGUGCUUACCCGGGGCCGAAGGGACGAGCGACUCUCGAGAACCACCGCAGGCCACGCUGCCUUGUCGCAGUGGCCGGCUGCAGAGAGCCAUAACCGAGAGGGCCUCGUUGCCCAUGCCUACACGCCAGGCAAAAGGGGGAGGGAAGAAAAAAUAACCACACCAUAGGAUUUUUAGGGUUUUUUUUAAUGUGCCUGUCCUUUUAAUUCUUAGCCAUAAGGCCAUCAGUGGCAGAAUUCAACCAUUUCCUACAUUGGCUAACAUUGUAUUCUGGCUGACUAGAUUAGUCUAACAUUUUGUAGUUUAUAUUUGCACUGUUAACGAUGUGUGCUGCUGGUAUUUGAAGAACAUUUGCCUCUGUUCUUUCACUUUAACUUCAUACGAGCAUUUUUUUACUCUGUGCCAGGCAUUCAUUGCUUUUCUUACAAAUACAAGUCAUUUCUUGA